AAAUUCACACCCUUGAGUGACGGUUUCAGAGCUCAAGCGCAGGCUGCCGUGGCCGCUGCUGUCGCUGAUGAAGCAUUUGGAAAUAUCCGAACAGUUCGAUCCUUCGCCAUGGAAAGGCAGGAAUCAAGUCUAUACGAAAGAGAAGUCCAAAAAGCUUCCUCGAUGCAAGAGUUGUUAGGAGUAGGCAUAGGAUUAUUUCAAGGAGCUACUAACUUCUUUUUGAAUGGAAUCGUUUUAUCUGUUCUUUACGGCGGUACGUCUCUAAUGAAAGAAGGCAGGAUGACUCCUGGAGAGCUGAUGGCAUUCCUGGUAACUGCGCAAACUAUUCAAAAAUCUUUAAGUCAGCUUUCCAUAGUGUUCGGUACUACACUCAAAGGAUGGACGGCCGGAGCUCGAGCUUUUGAGUUCCUCCAUUUGCAUCCGAGCAUACGGAAUGAUGACGGUGUUUGUAUUCCGUACCAUUCGCUAUGUGGAGAAGUUCGUUUCGAAAAUGUAAGCUUCGCAUAUCCGUCUAGGCCACACCACCAGGUCUUCGAAUGCUUGAACCUUACAAUACCAGCCGGUCAAGUCGUUGCACUCUGCGGACCAAGCGGGGAAGGUAAAAGCACGAUAACCUCACUGCUUGAACGGUUCUAUACGCCACUCUCUGGACGAGUGCUCUUGGACAAUCAAGAUCUUGCAACGCUGAAUUUGGAGUGGUUGCGAGGGCAGGUGAUUGGAUUGAUUUCACAAGAACCAGUUCUUUUCGCUACUAGUAUUGAGGAGAAUAUUCGUUACGGUAAACCAUCAGCUACAGAUGAGGAGGUGGUUAUUUUUCUACUUAUUCUCUAA